AUGUCCACAUUCAGGGUAUUUGGAGGGACUUAUACAGAGAAAGUUGCAGAUCUGACCAUGUGUGAAGUGGGACGUAGCUCUGUCAUCACCUCUGACAUACGAGAUGCAGCUGCUCGUCUUCCAAAUGGAGAAGGGACACGUGCAGAGAUCUGCGAGCUGCUGAAAGACUCCCAGUUUCUUGCUCCUGAGGUCACCAGUGCUCAGAUUAACACUGUUGUGAGUGGGGCUCUGGACAGACUACACUAUGAGAAAGAUCCAUGUGUGAAGUACGAUAUUGGGCGCAAGUUGUGGAUCUAUUUGCACCGGAAUCGGACUGAGGAGGAGUUUGUGACCACUUGUAUGUGCUUCAGAGUCUUGGGCAGCCUGCAGGAGGCAUCUCAAAGCACUGGAGAGGUACCACCAGCAGAAACUUCACAAAAUCCUUCAAAUCCCGUUCCUGAUAUCUUCUUUGAGGUGGUGAGUCGCAGCACCUGGGAUGAAGUUCUGUCUCAGUCCCAGAGGGAUCACUUGAGGAAAUUUCUUCCACAGUUUACUGAGAAAAACCUGGAGCAACAGGAUGACAUCGUUACAGGGCUCUUCAACGGAGAUCGCUUCCGCUUUGGGAAUCCUCUAUACAUUGCUCAGAAGCUCUUCCGAGAUGGCUACUUUAACCCAGAGGUGGUCAAGUACAGAAAGCUGUGUAUGAAGUCACAGUAUAAGCGGUACCUGUACUCCCAACAGCAAUACUUCCACAAACUGCUGAAACAGAUCCUUGUCUCCAGAAAGGAGUUGCUCGAGCUGGCAAGAAAGAGUGGCCCUGACAUGACCCUGAAAAGGAAAUACCAGGCAAUUUCGAGUCAAAAGGAAGAGGAGAAGCGAGCACAGAAUCGAUACGAAAAGAUUCUGCGAGAGGUCAAAGAGGAAUGUAAGGAUAACAGCACCUCAUCUGAUGAGGAAGAGAUGUGUUCCUGGCUUCCAGGUUCUCCAACCCACCCCAUGAGUCCCAGUGUGGCGCUACGAGUUGUACCCACCCUUUCCACGCAGGACAUGAAGACAGUCAGUAAACCUGAACUGGGAGAUGAUGAUUUGAAGAUAAUGCUGAGGAAACAUGUUGAGAAGCGAAGACUACAACCGGACCAUCCAGAUCUUGCAACCGGUGACGUAACUUUCAAUGAUAUCGUCACUCGCAUGAAUGCUGGCCGAAGGGGCUCACUGGCAGCCUUAUUAGAUCUUACAUUCCCAAAGAAACGAGUGAAAGAUAAAGAGGAGAGGAAGAAAAAGAAACUCAAAGUGAUAAAAACGGAACCAGAGGAUUUGGCUGAGUCGUCAGGAGCUGAGGGAGGUACUGCAACAGCUCCUGAACAGCAGAUUGUCAACAGACCAGUCUCUGCUCCUGAACAGACUCUAGAUGCGACGAAGCUGACAGCAGUUCCUGGGAUCACAGGCAGUUUCUUUGGUUUGCUGCAGGAGAUUUUACUGGCAGAGGGAGAGGCAAGUUUGUCUGGGAUUGAGGAGAAAGUGCUUGAGUGGCAGAUCUCAGCCCCCAGUACUCUAAACUCUUGGUUCUCAGAUGCUUCCAACUGGUCAGAACUGGUUCAUUCUGCUCUCCGCUUCCUUUCUGGCGAAGGUGGAACGUCAGCACUUCCUUCCAACUUUGAGCCAUACGUGAACUGCACAGAGCGAGGCCAGCAGUGGAAGUGGAUAGGUUCUGGGCGGGACUCUGAGAAGGAAAUGACCUCGUUGUGUCAGCUGUGGUUCGAGGUCAAGGAUCAGAUAUUUCCCAAGGAAUCUGAGGAACUUCCAGACAUCAUACCCCCAACGCCGAGGGUGAGAACGGAUUAUGUGGUGAGACCCAGCACUGGAGAUGAAAAGCGUGUCUUCCAAGAGCAGGAGCACCUUCACUCUAAAGGGAACAAGAGCUGUGGGAACUGGCUUUUGUACGGAAAGGUGUGUGGGGAGGAAACCAACUCUAAUAUAGGAAAUGAACGGAUUCACCAGGCCCAGGCUGCAGCAGCUAAAGCGAAGAAGGCGUUGCAACAGAAACCGAAGCUGACAACCAAGAUUAAGACUUCUGGUAAGGAGAGUGCAACAAAGCUCCCAUUCUCUGAGCAGUCUCUGGCAUCCCAGGUGUUGGCAGAUUCCAGCUUACCUGUAACGCCUGUAACCCCUGUAACUCCAACAUUACCAGUUACUCCCACAUCACCACCGAUAUCGACUGAUGGCAACAAAGUACCAACAACUAGUGCACCAGAACUGGUUAAAUCUGGUCAAAGUGUUUUGUUAGUGUCCUCACCUACGAUGCCUCAGCUUGGGAACCUUUUAUCUGGAACACAGCCAGCGCAAUACACUGGGCCACAGACACAGGCUCGGAUCCUGUCUCAGUCUGUUGCUGCUCCUCUGCCCCAGGUCCGGGUAGUUUCUGCUCAACAAGGUUUAACUUCCACUUCACAUCAAACCUCUGUUGUACAACAAGUCCAACAACAUCAACAUCAGAUGCGGCUCCCAGCGGUCACUGCAGCAGCUCACACUAAGGUACUGCCUCAGUCUAUUCUGACGGUGCCAGUAAAGGCUCAGUCUGGUGCCAGUACUGUCCACAUCCAGCAGGGCUCUGCAAAAACCAAUCUGACGAUGGCUGGAAUCAGCGCUGCUUCCAAAACUGUGUCCAGCACAUUGAACAGCACCACAUCCAGCUCUGCCAGCAUCAUCAUACAGAGUGUAGCUGGACAAAGCAUCAUGAGGCAGGUUGCUAUUGCAGGCCAACUUGGGGUGAAGACACAGUCCAGUACUGGGAUCCCACUUACAGCAACAAACAUCCGGACCAAGGGCAAAGAUGUUCUGCGAUUGGCACCUUCCUCCAUCACCACUGACUCCAAGGGCCAGACUGUGCUUCGCAUCACACAGGACAUGAUGGCCACACUGACCAAAGCACCAGUUACUACAGUGAAACUCACCCCAGACUUGCUGGGUGGUAAAGGCAUUUCAGCCACUUUACACGUCACCCCUGCCAUGCAGCCAACUGACUCCAUGGUGAAGGCACCUACCAGCACCACCUCUUCCACCACCUCCACAGUGGUCAAGGUUACACCAGACUUAAAAGUAACUGAGGCAAGCAGCACGGCCAUCCGACUGAUGCCUGCACUGGCUGUAACAGUGGCUGACCAGAAGGCUAAGGCUAGUGCUCCUCUCUCUUCAACAGACACUAAACCGGCAGCUACCAUCAGACUAAUGCCUGGACUAGGUGUCAUUCCCAAAUCAGGACAGGCCAUUGCUGUGGCAACUUCCAGCAAACUGUUCACUGCUGCUGGUACAAUGACCUCAGCAGCAGUAACUCUGGCAACAGCGGGAUCAAAGGCAAUCACUAAAGUAACACCAACAGCUGGGCUGCCAAUCUCUAUAGGAACAGGCACUGCCACAGUGAGGCAGGUUCCUGUCAGUGCAACCAUGGUGUCUACGACACAGGCGACCAAGCUGCCUGCGACAAUCACUGUGCCUUUAUCAGUACUAAACCAACCACUUAAAGGAAAAGGAGUGAUGGCAGGACCAAUCAUCAAGGGUAAUCUUGGGGCAAAUAUCAGUGGACUUGGCAGAAACAUCAUUCUCACGACCAUGCCAGCAGGGACCAAACUAAUCACUGGGAACAAACCUGUCAGCUUUGUCACUGCACAGCAACUCCAGCAGCUUCAACAACAAGGACAAGCUACACAGGUACGGAUUCAGCACUUACCAGCUCAGCAACUUCACCAAGGAACAGUCAUCAGCUCCACCAAACCUAUUUCUACUGUCGUUGUGACAACCGCACCAUCAGUGAAGCCGUCACAGGACCAGUGAUUAUUGGAACAGCACUGUCAAACCUGUGGACCCAGAGGGUGUUAUUUAUUACCCAGAUCUUCCAUUAUAUAUUCAUUAUUUCAUGAAGUUGUUUCAUUGGCAGCUGUGCCCAAUGCUUGGGGAUCUGCUCCCUCUUUCCCCUUGUAUUGACUGAAAGUGUCAGUGAAGUAUUGAAAUGUUAAAACUAUAUCUUUACAAAUCUGUACAGUAAAUGCAAUAAAAAAGAAAGUCUGUUGUGCA